GGUUACGAUAGGUUUUAUAAUGUAUUCACCCAUAUGCUCGAGGGUCGCUUGGAUGAGAAAAUUGUCAACUGGCUCCAUUAUAUGGCAUCGCCCGGUGUUAUUAUACCAGUGCUUCUUCUUUUAAUGCUAGUCAUAUAUUUUUUGGUUUCAUUGGAACGAACAGAAGAGAAGAAGAAAAUAUUUGAACUUGCUGGUGGAGGAAACAAGAGAAAACCGAACGAGUUUGGACGAGCGGAGAAGAAGAAAAAAGUUGUGACCUACUUACCGAUAGUCGAACAGAAAAGACGUGAGCCAUGGAGAGCGUUCAAUGGGGCUUUGAAGCAUGAAAUCUUAGCACCAAUUGGAGACCUUAAUCUAAGCCCAGAAAAGGCUUCACUUUGCCUGAGUAUGAGCCUUAAUAUAUUCUUCGAGGAUAACGGUUCCACUGCUUUCGAUUCAAAGCCGCAAUCAAUAUCAAAAUCAAUUUCGUUAGCCAAAAGCAACACGACUGAUCGCGUUGACGAUUGGUUCAACGAAGCUGAUGAAGAGACAAAGAGUGAUUAUUCGUAUAAUGUACAAGAGGAUGUUGUUCAAUUGGUUACUCCUGAAGAAAUACGAUAUUUUAGUCGUUUAAUCCGUCCCCUAAGAGGUUCAUCACUUAUGCUCUCCUCAUCGUUCCCAAAAGACGCAGAUGCCGGAUCAUUCACAGUUCUGUUCCCAACAGUAUCAGGAUCAAGACAUUCCAUACAGUGUAAUUCGCCAACAAGUUUAUAUGAAAAUCCAUCCGAUGAAUAUUCAAUAGCGAGUGGAUUCAAUCGAAAAUCGUUGACGCUAUUGCCACGAGACGAUACCUGUGCUUCGAUUCGAGUGCAUGAAAGCGUAUUAAACGGAAAUGGUUCAAAAAUACGGCCGUCUGCUGUCUGUCAGCCACAACCAUCAACAUAUCCUCAUCUUCAUCAGCCUUCGCUUGAUCCAAUAAUCGCAGCUGAUCGUGAGAAGGAAAUCGAAGAGGAAUGCCCAGUUGAUGAAGCACCUACUAACCAAAAUCAACAACAGGAAACUGGGCGACGAGCUGAAACAACAUCAAUUUCUUCUACCAAAAAAUUUGAUCCGAAGUUGAUGGCAACAGAAUUUGUUCCAUGGCCGUCAAUGGACGAGAUACAGGAACAACGACUNUUGGCGUUCAUUUUCUGA